CUUAAUCACAAACGCGCACUCAUCGAUGUCGAGCGUUGACACACCCACGAGGCGUUGCAGUUCAGUUUCAGACAACUUUUCCUCCCUUUUGGUGGUUUCUAGUCGUUAUCAUCUUAUUGAACAAACAUGGCUAAUCUUGGUCAAGGCGGACUCCCGGCAGCGGGCGCACCGCCGGCCCCGGGUGGUGCAGCAGGGCAACCUCAACCUCCACCUCCUCCGGUUGGAGGGGGUGCUCAAGGCGGCCUAGGCAUUGUCGCAGCCGCAGCUCCGCAGCAACCCAUCAACAUCCAACUCCAAGUCAACGAUUUGGCUCAACAAAUGGUGCGUGCACAAGACACGCGCGCGAUGGGUACUGCCGCAGAGGUCAUGGCCCACGGGGUGUGUGUUGGUCAAAUCACUGAAAUUUCGAUGCAGCCAGACCUGGAGUUAUGUCGCAAGGUAGGAUAUUUCUUUGUUCCCUUUUGAGUGUCUUUUUGUUCCAAUUGUUGCGAGUCUCUUACUUUUGGUCCCUUUCUAGUGUUACAGUAAAAAGGAAUUCGUCCUACACAUGUUCGCAAUUCACUCGCAGGUGAACAAGGAGCUUUUCAAGAAGCAGCUGCACCUGGCUACGAAAGGAGGAAUUGAGGAGAGGAGUUGUAACUCCAUUUACAAAUUCCUGUAUGCGUUAGCAUUCAACGGGGAGAAUGGUUCAGUCCUUAACUUUGCAGAGUCGAACCAACUUGUGCUGAUGGUGAAGAGUGCGGAAUUGUCGGAUCAGGAUAAGAUGCGCAUCUUCACGCAGACUCUCCUCAGUUCUGCGUCGGAAGUUGAACCGAAUCCACUUGCCCCAACGGAUGUGGCAGCAUAUCGGUUGAGAAUGGAAGCAUGGUGCUAAGUUUCUUUUGAGUUGGUUCUUCUAAAAAAAAAACGUUCUUGCUAUCUUCACGUAAGAGCUUUCUUCCCUGUCCAGGACUUCACUGCGUAAGACAGUGUUAUCAUUCUGGUUUCUUUUUAUACUCGUUCAAGCUAUUCCAGGUUCACGGGAGCGUUCCCUUUGCUUUGGCGCCACGCAGCAGAUGCGCAGAGCACUCUUUCGAAAGCUCUUGAUGCGAACAACAAGAGGCUAGAAGAACUUCAGAAUGAAGUUAACGAGUGGAAAGCGUCGUCGCUGAAGUGGGGAGGCCCUUACAACAACAACAACUUCUACCACAACAAUAACCGCGGAGGAGGAAAAGGCCAGAGGAAUGACAAGAACAAUGAUAAGCCAAAAGGCAAGGGCAAGAAAGGCGGAAAAGGCGGCAAGGACAAGGGCAAGGGCAAGGCCAAAUUACCGAAUGCGUGUUUUGACUGGAUGUGGGGUUUCUGUGAAAAGGAAAACUGUCCUCACGAACAUAAGAAACCAUCUAAAGAUCAGUUUGAGGCCAUGCAGGCUAGCAAGAUGGCUUGGGCAGUGCAGGGCCUUGAUUAUGAUAGCAUCCCGGAUAGCUAGGUGUAGUAUCGGCUUGAAGAGUAUGGUUCCGACAGUCGUGCAUUUAUUGCUAGUGGUUCAAGUUUCGGCUUUGGUAGCCAAGUGUGCUGCAACUUUUUGCUGUCAUUAUUGUAAGCGUGUUUGAGUUAAGUUUGUGCAUAAGACCUUGCUUCUGGAUGUAAUGUGUAUUAUGAGUGUUUUUUUUUGAGUGACUGAUCCGUGAUCCACAGUCGAGUAAUGUUUGGUGUCUUCUUGAAAGUGUCAUGCUAUAUUUUAGUAAACGAACGUGUCUCCAUUGAAAACAUAGCGAUCGUGAUGUGAUGAAGUCAUGUGUUUAUGAUAGUUGUUGGCUUACUGUUGUCUUUGGUUCCUUUUCGUGUAGUACCACUAACUCACCUCCAAAUGAUUCCCAUCAGUCAUCCGUUUUUUGCUCAAGUUUUUCCCAUGAUCAGUUUUUUUUUUGUGCUCCUUAGAUUUUUUUUUUUGCUACCUAAAUUUCAGUUCAGGCUGUGCAUUAGGACUCCGUCCUUCUUUUCAACAAGGAUGGGGGUGUCAAUCAACGAUUCGCCAUAGAAGAAAAAGGAAAGGGUGUAGCAGAUUUCCAUGCUUCAUUUUCUUCACACAGUAUUAUGUGAGAGAAUAUGUGGCGCUUGGCGUCGUGGGCAGCAGGC